AUGGAGGCAGCCGGCUUGAUGAAUCAGUUCCCGUGCUUGAUUAUUCGCGGCAUUUGUGACUACUCUGAUACCCACAAGAACAAGGAAUGGCAAGGCUAUGCUGCGAUGACGGCGGCUGCAUACACACGGGAUCUUCUUCACCAGAUCCAACCUAGCAAGGUCAACAUUGAGACAAAACUGAUCGAGUUUGUGAACAAUGAGUGUUUAAGGCAAUGGCCUGAUCCUCCCGAUCCCUCUGUCAAUUUCAACAAAGCCAUCGAGCUUCGCCAGGCCGGGUCAGGUCAAUGGCUACUUCAAGAUUCGAGGUAUCUGUCCUGGAAGAACAGUGAAAAUUCUCUUCUCUGGCUCCAUGGCAUACCAGGCUGCGGGAAAACGGUCCUUAGCACCACUAUCAUUCAAUAUUUGGAAAAGGAAGAAAUGUUUCUCUAUUUUUACUUUGAUUUCAACGAUACUCGCAAACAAACGCUUGAAAAUAUGAUCCGGUCGCUUUGCUAUCAGCUAUACCGCAACAAGGCAAGCCAACGUCACCUGGACGAGCUUACUUUUCUCAUGAUGAUUCAGGAGGCAGGAAAGAUCUACGUCGUCCUUGAUGCUCUUGACGAGAGUUCCACAUUGGAGGAUCACCAUACAAGAGGACUGCUCUCCUGGAUUGGUAGCUUUCGAUCAUCGCGGAACAGUGUUCGGUUAAUCGCUACAAGCCGGCCAGAACACGCCAUCCAAUCACAGAUGGACGCAUGGGCUGGUGUUAUACCCGUACCUCUGGAAAGUCAUUUGACAGAAGGUGAUAUCAACUCAUAUAUUGUAGCGAGAGUUGGGCAACUAUCUAGGUGGCAUGCAAGGACGGAUAUUCAAGAUGAAAUCAUAUUUGCGCUUAGUUCAAAGGCGAAUGGCAUAUUGCCGGGAUCCUCCAAUCUUAAGAAGAGCACUCUCAAGUCUCUAUUGAGGACGCUGGAUCAAACUUAUAGUCGAAUUCUGGAGAGCGUACCCCUUGAUCACCGACAUUAUACUAUACGGCUCCUCCAAUUCCUAACCUUUUCGGAUCGCCCGUUGCGAAUCGAAGAGGCUGUUGAUGCAAUUGCAGUCAACACGAAUGAAAAGCCAUACUUUAAUCCUGAGGAUAGAAUGCCAGUUCCAGAGGAGGUCUUGAGCUACUGCUCCAGCUUAGUGGCUAUGACCAAUAGAAGGGGACCAAAUGCCAGGUACGAAAUCAAAGGUUUCAAAGAGCUGAGUCUAGCGCAUUUCUCAGUGAAGGAGUAUUUGAUAUCCGAUCGCUUCCAACAAGACGACCGGAUGAAAGAUGUCGGACUCGAUUUCUUGGAAACAAAUGCAAGAGCUUCCAUUGUCAAGGUCUGCGUUGCAUACUUACUUGGAGUGGAAGCGCUGAUCUACAGAAGCCCGGGGGUUAGUGCUGGCAAAUUUUAUCAUCUAAUGUUUGCAGAAGAAGGUGAGAAAACAGUAAUUCAACAAGAAUAUCCAAUAGCUCAGUAUGCGGCGAAGUACUGGCCAGAACAUGCUAGACUAGCAAAGAAUAUUGGAGAAGCCAAAUCAUUAAUCUGGGAUUUGAUGCAGUCCGCAGCCUACUACAUCAAUUGGGCGCUCUAUGACCCCGCCAGUAGAUUCUUUAGGACGCAGCCAGGUGUUGUUUUUUUUGCUCCCAAAGUAUAUUAUGCCACACUUUUUGGGUUGACUUGGCUUGUUGAAGGACUUCUUGAGGACGGUGCGGAUGUCAACGCUAAAGGCGACGACGGAACGGCGCUCAAUGUAGCCUUGGACCGUGGCCAUGGCGAGAUACUGCACCUCCUCCUUCAGGCUGGCGCUGAUGCUGAUGCACCUAAUGAGGAUGGAGACACACCGCUCCAUGUCGUUGUAAGACGUGGUAGGGGGGGAAUGGUUCGGUGGCUUCCCGAACAUACCACCUAUAUCGGCGCGAUAGGUAGCACUGUCGCUGAUGGGAUAACGCUGCUACAAGAAGGUGUACGAGACGGCCAUGUUAAAAUCAUCAGGCAGUUAUUAGAGCAUGGGGCUGACAUCAACGGAAUGAACCUUGACGGAACAGCGCUCCGAUGGACCGUGAGCCACGGUAAUUACACUAUCGUUCAACUACUCAUCAAAUAUGGUGCCGAUCUUGAUCUUGCCGGGAGAUAUGGGGGGAUACCUUUGCAAGCCGCCGUACACUAUGGCCAUGGCAACAUCGUGCAGUGCCUCCUCGAGAACGGGGCCGACGCUGACCUGGUAUCUAAGGACCAAGGCUCUACGGAGAUUUUCUAUUGGCUGUGUCAAAAUCGUGACAAACUUGCUAAUGAAAACAUAUUCAAUGAGAGAAAUACACCGCUCUACCUAGCUGCAACAUACAGUGAUGAGAAAAUGGUGCAACAAUUAUUGAAGCACGGCGCGGACAUCAAUGCCAUUUCAACCAACGACAACUCAAAUGAGACGGCCCUCGAAGGAGCUUUGGCGGGCGGUCACAUAGAAAUUGCUCAACAGCUCAUCGAGCACGGUGCUAAUGUUGAUGCAAGGAGCAAACGCCACGGGUCAGCCUUGUACCAAGCUGUAACAAAGGGCUUUGGACACAUCGUUGAGCAGUUGUUGGAUCUAGGGGCUGACCCAAGUGUGGCUGGGACGCUCCAUGAAGCAGUGAGCCGUGGCCAUGAGGGCAUGAUUAAACAGCUUAUUGACUACGGCGCAGACAUUGAUUCAUACAGUGAGGCUCAUGAAGGAACACCGCUGUGUGCUGCAGUGUGUGCCAACCGCAACGAGAUCGUGCAACUUCUCCUUCAAAAUGGCGCCAACGUCAAUGGGACUGAACUUUCUUACGGCUUUGCACUCCAUCAGGCAGCAAUGGGCGGUCAGGUGACAAUAUUGCAACAAUUACUCGAUCAAGGCGCCGACGUGAAUGUGACAGGCUAUAAUGAUAAUAGGACAGCACUCCAAGCAGCUGUGUUUCAUGGUCGGCAUGAUGCUGUGCUGCAACUCCUACAACAUGGUGCCAAGGUCAAUGAAACUGGCAAUCAAUUUGAUGGACCGGCACUUACAAUAGCCGCGGCAGAAGGGUAUAGUGAGAUCGUCCAUCAGCUGCUUGAGUACGAUGCUGAUAUGAAUGCAAUUGACGGGUCUGAGGGAACGGCGCUUCAGGCAGCGGCGAGCCACGGCCGCAGUGAGAUUGUUCAGCUGUUGCUUAAUCGGGCCGCGGAUGUGAGUUUAGCAGCGGGUAAUAUUGAGUAG